AAGGAGCCGCUAGACACGCCCUGAGUGUCCUCCUUGGCCUCCCAAGGAGUGUCCGCGCUUACCGGCGCGGCGACGCACACUGCGGCGUCGGAGCUUAGUAGCCGUGUGACUCCCGUCCCCGUCUCCCCGUCGCCAGCCCUAGUGAUUCUCGCAAGUCUAGAGACGUCCCUCGAAGCUCGUUAGUGUCCCACCCGCGCAGACUCCCUUCCCCGUCUUGAGAGCUCCCCACGACUACAGCGAGUGUAACGACGUCCUGAAACACUCGCUAGCGUCCCACUCGCGCAGACUCCGUCGCUUGUUUCGAUUCCGUGCGACGACUCCCGAUCGGCCAAUCCUGAAUGGCCACGUGGGAAGAGAGGAUCCGCGCUUGCGCGGAGCGGUUGUGUGAUCUGCCGGACGCGUCAUUUGAAGAGAUCGAAGCCACGUCAGCACAGCUGAGGCGGCUGCUGGAGGACGGAUGCCACGUGGGAUGUGCAAGUUCUCGGAAACCAGCAACAGAAAAGGGAGAAACAGGAGGAGCAGCCGGAGCAGGAGAGGCAGGAAUUGAUAGCGAGUCUCGUGCUGCUGCGGAUAGUGCUGGAAACGGCUCGCAAGGCCAGGGCCAGGGCCAAGGCGAUUCCGCCCCUUCUGUUAUGGAUGAGCACAACCGUGAGGGGGCCGUGAUGCGAGUGCUGCAGCUGCUGCUGUCGCUGCUCGCGGGACGCAAGGCAUCUCUCCUCAUUGACCGUGCCUCGUGGGACAUCCUCCGCUUCCUCUCCUCGCCACUCCCCUCCUCCUCCACCUCCUCUCCUUUUCUCUCCCCACCUGCCCCAGCGGACGCCUCCCCCGGGUGCUGCGUGCUGGCCUGCCAGGCGGUGGGGGAGGUGGCAUCUGGGGCAGGCGACCCCCGCGAGGUGCAUGCUGCGCUGGUGGAGGGGCUCAGUGGCAGCAUGCGGUGGGCGCAGGGGGGGGGCGGAGAGGGGGAAGCGGAGGGGGGAGAGCGGGAGGGAGGGGAGGAGGGAGAGGAAGGAGGAGAGGAAGAGGGGAAAACGAGGGAGGAGCGUUGGAGCUGGUUGCUUGCUCCGUUUGGCACUCAGCUCGCCCUCCUUGCUGGCUUGCAUAUCACUCUACCCCGCAUCCCUCGCCAGCGCCAUCGCUUCUUCACUCACUUGGCUCCUCUCCUCCUCCACCUCUCCUCCCGCGCCUCUCACCAUGCCGUGCUGCCGCCCUCCCAUGCCUCGUCCCACGCCGUACCACCCCCCUCCCCCAGUAAGCCUCCUCUGCCGGCAUCCUGCACCAACGCUCAAGCGCCCUCCUCCCAUCCCUCGCCCCCCUUCCUCUCCCCUCUCUCUGCGGAGCUCUUCCUCCCCCCACCUCCCCCGAGCCCGUAUCCCUCCCGUGCUCCAACCCCACCGCACCUGGCUGUUCCAUGCAGCAAGGCACCAUGCCCCGCGCAUGUGGGUGAGGGGGGCGCAGGGGAUGCGGUGCCACAGAGGGGCAUGGGAGGGCAAGAGAGUGAGACUGCAAGAGCAGGAACCACGGUGCCAGGUGGCACGGCGGCGGCAUGCGGCGUUCUGCAAGGAGGGUCAGUAGAAGGCACUGCAGCAUGUGAUAGCGCAGAGUCGAAUCGCAGGGUGGGCUCAGGGGAUGCAGAUAAGGGCCCCCCUGGCAUCCCACUCUCCAUCCCCCCCAUCCCCCCGAUGCUCCCCUUCCCCUCCGGCACUCGCUCAGUCAUCCCUGACCUCCGCGUGCCUCCCAGCAGCAGCAGGGAGGCGGCCUGGCUGGUGUGCCAUCGCUGCAUGCACCUGGUAUUCGCUGCAGUUACUCGGGCUAUAGUCCCGCCAACAACAGCCACUGCAACGUCUGCAGCAGGCAGUGAAAUCUCCCCCUGCCCUGAGCUCUCUCCCCAGCAUGUGCUGGCCGCCCAGACGGCCACUCUGCUGCUGCUCCUCUCUCUCGCCCGCUGCUCCGCCUUCCUCCUCUCCAUCCUCUCCUCCCACCCGCUCCCCUCCUCCUCCCAUGCCCCUCCCACCCACCCCUCCUCCCCCUCCUCCUCUCUUCCCUCACAACCCUCUCCCCCUUCACCCGCCUCACCCCUCUCCCCCUCCCUCCCCCUCAUCUCCCCUGUGGCCAGCGCCCUUGCUGCUCUCGGCUGCCGUCUCGGCUGCUUGUGGCCCCCUCGCUCGGGCAAUGGAGCAACAGGUGCAAGCGCAGGCACAAACGAAAGCGCAAUUGCACCCAGCAGCACCACUAGCGGCAUGAAUACAAGCAGCCCCACCAGCAGUGCAGCCAGAAGCAGUGGUGCUGCCAGUGCCAGCGUCACGCCCCCCUCUCUCCUCCCCUCUGUUGACCUCCUCGCCUUGAGCGUGUGUGGGGACUUCAGCGGAGAUGAUACAGCGAGUGGCGGUGCUCCUGCUGCUGCUGGCACAGCUUGGCUGGGAGCAGUGAAGGCUCUUCUAAGGCCAGAUGAGGAGGAAGGGGAGGAAGAGGAGGAGGAGGAGAGAGGAGAGGAGGGAGAGGAGGAAAGAGUAGAGGGAAGGAGAGCAAGCAGCGAAGAGAGGGAGAAGAGAAAGACUGAGAGGGAAAGGAGGGAAGUGGAGUGGUUGGAAACAGUGCAAGGGGAGGUGAGGGAGGGAGUGGCAGUGCUGCUGCUGUGGGUGCUGCUCCAAGCGUCUGAGCCACUCACCAGAAGCAGCAGCACCAUCCCUUUAGACCGUUCCUCUCUCAUCAAAGUGCUCGGCGCCGCUCCAUGUCUUCUUGAGGCAGGCUUCCCAUCCAGGGAGGGAGGUGGGGGAGGAGGUGGGGGUGCUGGUGCUGGUCCUCCUGGUGGUGGGACAAUGGGAGGAGUGGGAGGAGUGGGAGGAGUGGCAGACGUUCUUUUGAGGAGAGUUGCCGGAAUACGCUUGGUUCACGCUGCUCUAGAUGGCUACUCCCCCUCAUGCUCCCCCUCUCACUCUCCCUCUCUCUCACACUCACUCUCUCCUGAAGCACUGCUAACAGCCAGUCCCAGCUCUUCUGACAGAGACGCCUCUGCUGCUGCGAUUAAAGAAGUGACACGUGUCACAUCGUCAUUGGCUCGUGUGAUGAUGUCAGCGGUCGGCUCGUCUGCUCUGCGCCGGGCGGCGCACCGUGCCAUGCUGGCGGUGCUGCGGGCGGCGGCAACAGAUGGGGAGAGGCUGGAGUGUGUCAAGAGGCUGGUGGUUGAGUUCAGAGAAGAAAGCAUGAUGGUGUCCCUCCUCCUCUCGUUUGCCAAGGAUGAAGUGAACCGAGCAUGGCCUCACUUGCAGCCUGCACCAACCACGUCAGCAUCACCAUCCACAUCAGCUUCACCAUCCACAACAUCACUUCCGUCAUCCACAUCAUCAGUCCCACCAGCAUCGGUGCCUCAGGCGCAACCGUCAGUGGCAGGCUUAAUCUCUCCUUCCCAUCCUCCCCACUCCACCCCUGCUCUCCCCGCCUUCGCCUCUCCGGUCAUCCUCCCCCUCCUUGACCUUGUCCUCGACCCUUCAGCCUCUUCUCUCCGUGCCACCAUCAAUGACCGUGCCUCCACUCCUGCUGCUGCUGCUGCUGCUGCUGCUUCCUGUGAUGCUGCUGGUGCCAAUGCUGCCCAGUCUCCCUGCUCGCCGCCCUUCUCCUUCCACCUGCCAGCUCACUCAGACGCCCUCAUAGCAGCUCUCAACCUCCUGCGCUUCAUCCUCAUCAGAGAGCAGCAAGCACCCACUGCCAUCCACUCGCCUGCCCCCCUACCUUCCCUCCUCAGAGAGCAACUGCACAGCCCACCCACUGCCAACCCCACAGAGCAACAAGCACCCAUACCUGUUAUUUCGUGCCCCGAGGAGCAGCAAUCAGCCAACCCACUCCCUUCCAACCCCCUGCCCUCCCCGCCCCCCCCACCCUCCCCCACCUCACUGCGCGCCAAGCCCAACCUCCUUCGUGCCAGAACCUGCUGGCUGCUGCCUCUGCGCUCCACUGCUCUCGCCGCCCGGGCUUCCCUGGAAUCCAGGAAAAGAUCCCUGGAAUCCAGGAGAGCAAAGGUGGCGGGUAGAGGAGGGGAGGGUGGGAGGAUGGGGUGUGGGCACGUGAAGCAUGGGCAUGGAGGGGCGAGUGAGGUGGGGAAAGGGGAGAGGCGGGGUGAGGAGGGUGAGAGUGAGGAGGAGGAGGAGGAGGAGGAUGAGAUGGGGGGAAUGGAGGAGCAGCUAUGGAUGAGAGAAUGGAUGGGAGUGGAGACGGUGCUCUCUCUCGUGGCCCGGUGCCUGGAGCUGGUGGAGGCAGAUGGAGGACUCUAGAGGGACGGACUGAACUGCCACGUGGCAGGAGGCUCGUUUUGAGACGUCUCGGUGCAAGGCAACCAUCAUGUUUCGGUGGGGACAUGAAUGAGAGAGUGGAUGGGAUUGGAGACCGUUCUGUCUCUUGUGGCCAGAUGCCUGGAUUUGGUGGAGGCAGAUGGGGGAGUCUAGAGGGGGUACUAACUUUGGCUGCUUUAUUUGGGUGUGUUCUGCCUUCGGGCAUCACCUCAACAACAGAUGCCCGGAGCCGGUGGAUGGAGGCAGAUAGAGGAAUAUAUAUUUCCUGAAUUUGUGUGCUUGGGCUUCCGCUUGUGUCUGUUUUUGAGGCGCCUGAACAAUGAAUGCUUGCAGCUUAUGAAGGAGGAUGGUGUUAAAGGAGCUCUAGGCUAGGAUACUAGGCAGGAACAAGGCCGCCAUGAAUGUGGCGGCGGGGUUUAGCUAGGAGCUGGACGAGAGUGUCGAGAGAGAAGGGGGUUGGAUUAGGAAGAGAGGGGAGUACAAGGAGGGGUUUGUACCCCCUACAGAAA